ACAACUGAUGAUGAUGACCACCGCCUGGAGGCACUUGGCUACAAGCCUUCCUUCCGGCGCGAGUUCUCCAAUCUCGCCACCAUAAGCUUUGCAUUCAGUAUCAUGGGUUUGUGUUCGAGUAUCGCGACGACUCUCAACACUCCACUGUUGCUUGGAGGUCCUGCUUCCGUUACUUGGUGCUGGCUACUCGGCUCAUGUAUGUGCUUCACCCUUGGAUCCAGCAUCGCAGAGAUAGUCUCUGCAUUUCCUACAUGUGGAGGGCUGUAUACGGCGUCAGCUCAACUCUGUCCGAAGUCGCAUCGCGCAAUCGUGGGCUGGAUCGUUGGUUGGUUAAACAUCCUCGGUCAGGUCGCGGGACUGUCAUCAACGGAGUUCGGACUCGCAAACAUGAUUUGGGCUGCAGUGUCACUAUCCAAUCCGACCUUUGUGGUGACACAAGGGAAGACGGUUGGGUUGUUCGCUGGACUUCUUAUUGUCCAUGGGCUCUUGAAUUCGGUGGCGACACGGUACUUGGCCUUCGCUACUAGAGGCUUCGUGUUCGUGAACCUCGGUGCAACUGCCGUUAUCAUCAUUGUUUUGCUAGCGACCACACCUCUUUCAGAGAUGCAUGCAGCGAACUAUGUGUUUGGAAGUCAAGGAAUUGUGAACCAAACAGGGGGUUGGAACAAUGGUAUCGCCUUUUUGUUGGGUUUAUUGAGUGUACAGUGGACGGAUUACGAUGCAACUGCUCAUAUUUCCGAAGAAGUUCGUCGUGCUGCGUAUGCUGCGCCUGUUGCGAUAUUUAUUGCCGUCAUUGGGACCGGGAUAUUGGGAUGGCUAUUGAAUGUCGUCCUCAUGCUAUGUUCGGGUCCAAUAGAAAAUCUGCCGGGAAUAUCUGGAUCUGCAUUCUUGCAGAUCAUGGCUCUGCGCAUGGGCACACCUGUAGCGCUCUUUCUUUGGAGCUUUGUAUGCCUGACAGCGUUUUUCGUUUCACAAACGGCACUGCAAGCAUGCUCUCGUACUGUCUAUGCUUUCAGCCGUGAUCAUGGCAAGCAACAGUGUCUCCCCGACAACGGAUACUUUGGUCAUAUAGCGGGUUCCACUAGAACUCCCCUGCGCGCCAUCUGGUUUACUACUAUCUUGUCCAUCCUUCCAGGUUUUCUCGAUCUAGCAUCCCCAAUUGCCGCGAAUGCCAUCUUUGCACUCACUGCUAUUGCACUCGAUUUGAGUUACAUUAUUCCGAUAUUCUUGCGUCGCCUCUACGCGAACCACCCGGACGUGAAUUUCCGUCCAGGACCGUUUUACAUGGGACCAGGACUCCUCGGUUGGGCAGCAAAUGUUACUUGCAUAAGCUGGACUCUCUUUGUCUGCGUCAUUUUCUCGCUGCCCACAGUGUUCCCUGUUACAAAGAUUAAUAUGAAUUAUGCAUCUGUGAUUACUGUCGGAGUUGUUUUUCUUAGUGGGUUGUGGUAUGUCAUCAGCGCGCAUCAACAUUACCAUGGACCCACGUCCAACCUUGAUGCCGAAGCAAAAGCUCGGAUUGGUUUAGUGGAGGAUGCGCCAUCUAUCAGUGAAAAAGAGAAAGAUCGUGUGCACAUAUCUUUGGACUCCGCGUAGUGUCGGCCCUCUUUCUGUCGUGUUUGGAGGAGCAGCGCUCAUGGUUUGGAUACUUCUGCGGCCCUUUAUCGCCGCAGCCAUUAGAUUGUGGCAUUAUACCGCCGCGCGUCUGAUACGUGCUUACAUUUUAACUUGUUACCCCCCUCCCCCCCAGAACUACUUACAUCUGAAGGAAGUUACAGAAUUUUGAAUAUGAAGUGAAAUGUGUGGUAGCGGCACCCAAUGAUUGCCGCGCAAGGAAAUUGUGGACUGGUCUGUGCGCACGCGGCUUU